AUGGCUGGCUUCGGCUUGCUUUGGUCGAGGAUGCCGCAGCACGUCCAUGAUGAGGCUAGGCACAUCAUCAGUAGCUUGGUUCCCAUGGUGAUGUCCUACUUCAACCCCUAUGAGCAGAUCACCAUCUCCGAGUACGGUGAAGAGCGGUUCGAAUGGAACAAAAUGUUCUUCGCCGUUUCCACCUACCUGAGAAUGGUGUGCUUGGAUCAUGCAAGCAAGCUCAAGGCCGAGCUCGGCAACAACAGCAAGGAUGACCCGCUUAUCAGUCUGGACAAGAACCAAGAGGUCGUCGACAAUUUCGACGGAGCCCGCAUGUGGUGGAGGCUGUGCCCCAAAUCCGCCAAGAACAGGGGCCCACCGUCAUCGACUUGUUGCCUGGGGAUUCCGACGAUGAGCCUCGGUGCUACACAGCUGGUGUUUCACAAGCGCCACCGCAAACUUGUGCUCGACUCCUACCUGCCCAAAGAUCGUCCGGCAGUGGCGCGAGAUAAUCGCCACGAACCGGCAGAGGCUACUGUUCACCAACCACUCCCAAGAAGGGAAGAGCAGGUGGAUCAAUGUCCCGUACAAUCCCCCCGCGACGUUCGACAUGCUCGCCAUGGACCACAGCAAGAAGAUCGAGAUCAUGGAGGAUCUCACGGCAUUCCGCAAGUCCACCAUGAUCGGGCUAUGGCCAACUUCCUCGAGUAUGAUGUCUACGACCUCGACCUAACAUCCAUCAAGGACAACGCCGAGCUGCGGAAGCUCUUCCUUGAUACGACGGACAGAUCCAUCAUCGUUAUCGAGGACAUCGACGCGAUUGAGGUCGAACUCACCACCAAGCGCAAGGGCAAGGAGGCAGCCAAAGAGAAUGACGACAACCACCUGGUGAUAGAGCUGUCCGAGAAGAAUAACAAAGGCAAAGUGACGCUGUCGGGGCUGCUCAGCUUUGUCGACGGGUUGAUGGACAGGCACAUUGAGAUGUCCUACUGCCGGUUCGAGGCCUUCAAGAUGCUCGCUAAAAGCUAUCUAGACAUCACUGAGCAUUCACUAUUCGGUGAAAUCGGGCAACUGCUCGAUGAGAUCGACACAACUCCGGCAGACGUGGCAGAUAACCUCAUGCCGCGCGGCAAGAGGAACGGUGAAAUCGAUCGAUUGCUCGAUGAGAUGAAUGGGGCACCGGCAGACGUGGCCGGUAACCUCAUGCUGCGGGUCAAGAGGAGAGAAGCAGAUGACUGCUUGGCAGGUUUAGUGGAAACACUGAAGAAGGCUAAGAUGAAAGCUGCAGCACCUCCUAUGGAUUCAGUGGAAGAGGCGAAAGAGGAAUAA